GCCAGCCCAGGGGCGGGAGGAAGCCCGAGGUUCUGGCUGUUGAUUAUGUAACUGUACAAACCGGUGGCUGCUCUGUCACGUGUCAUCGACGGAGCGCGCUCCCGCUUGGCGCUUGCGUGGAGAGCGGCCCCCAGCUGUUUUUCUCCGUGGCAGCGGCGACGAGCGGAAGUUCUUGGGAGCGCCAGUUCCGUCUGUGUGUUCGAGUGGACAAAAUGGCGAAGAUCGCGAAGACCCACGAAGAUAUUGAAGCACAGAUUCGAGAAAUUCAAGGCAAGAAGGCAGCUCUUGAUGAAGCUCAAGGAGUGGGCCUUGAUUCUACAGGUUAUUAUGACCAGGAAAUUUAUGGUGGAAGUGACAGCAGGUUUGCUGGAUAUGUGACAUCUAUUGCUGCAACUGAACUUGAAGAUGAUGACGAUGACUACUCAUCAUCUACAAGUUUGCUUGGUCAGAAGAAGCCAGGAUAUCAUGCCCCUGUGGCAUUGCUUAAUGAUAUACCACAGUCAACAGAACAGUAUGAUCCAUUUGCUGAGCACCGACCUCCGAAGAUUGCAGAUCGGGAAGAUGAAUACAAAAAGCACAGGCGGACCAUGAUAAUUUCCCCAGAGCGUCUUGAUCCCUUUGCAGAUGGAGGGAAGACCCCUGAUCCUAAAAUGAAUGCUAGGACUUACAUGGAUGUAAUGCGAGAACAACAUUUAACUAAAGAAGAGAGAGAAAUUAGGCAACAGCUAGCAGAAAAAGCUAAAGCUGGAGAACUAAAAGUCGUCAAUGGAGCAGCAGCAUCCCAGCCUCCCUCAAAAAGAAAACGGCGUUGGGAUCAAACAGCUGAUCAGACUCCUGGUGCCACUCCAAAAAAGCUCUCAAGUUGGGAUCAAGCAGAGACCCCUGGACAUACCCCUUCCUUAAGAUGGGAUGAGACACCAGGUCGUGCGAAAGGAAGUGAGACUCCUGGAGCAACCCCAGGCUCAAAAAUAUGGGAUCCUACACCUAGUCACACACCUGCGGGAGCUGCUACCCCUGGACGAGGUGAUACACCAGGCCACGCGACACCAGGCCAUGGAGGCGCAACUUCCAGUGCUCGUAAAAACAGAUGGGAUGAGACCCCCAAAACAGAAAGAGAUACUCCUGGACAUGGAAGUGGAUGGGCUGAGACUCCUCGAACAGAUCGAGGUGGAGAUUCCAUUGGUGAAACACCAACUCCUGGAGCCAGUAAAAGAAAGUCACGUUGGGAUGAAACACCAGCUAGUCAGAUGGGUGGAAGCACUCCUGUUCUGACCCCUGGAAAGACACCAAUUGGCACACCAGCCAUGAACAUGGCUACCCCUACUCCAGGUCACAUAAUGAGUAUGACUCCUGAACAGCUUCAGGCUUGGCGGUGGGAGAGAGAAAUUGAUGAGAGAAAUCGCCCAUUGUCUGAUGAAGAAUUAGAUGCCAUGUUCCCAGAAGGAUAUAAGGUACUUCCCCCUCCAGCUGGAUAUGUUCCUAUUCGAACUCCAGCUCGAAAGCUGACAGCAACUCCAACACCUUUGGGUGGUAUGACAGGUUUCCACAUGCAAACUGAAGAUAGAACUAUGAAAAGUGUUAAUGACCAACCAUCUGGAAAUCUUCCAUUUUUGAAACCUGAUGAUAUUCAGUACUUUGAUAAACUUUUGGUUGAUGUUGAUGAAUCAACACUUAGUCCAGAAGAGCAAAAAGAGAGAAAAAUAAUGAAGUUGCUUUUAAAAAUUAAGAAUGGAACACCUCCAAUGAGAAAAGCUGCAUUGCGUCAGAUUACUGAUAAAGCUCGUGAAUUUGGAGCUGGUCCUUUGUUUAAUCAGAUUCUUCCUCUGCUGAUGUCGCCUACACUUGAGGAUCAAGAGCGUCAUUUACUUGUAAAAGUUAUUGAUAGAAUAUUAUACAAACUUGAUGACUUAGUUCGACCAUAUGUGCACAAGAUCCUAGUGGUCAUUGAACCAUUGUUGAUUGAUGAGGAUUACUAUGCUAGAGUGGAAGGCCGAGAGAUUAUUUCUAAUUUGGCAAAGGCUGCUGGUCUGGCUACUAUGAUCUCUACCAUGAGACCUGAUAUAGAUAACAUGGAUGAGUAUGUCCGUAACACAACAGCUAGAGCUUUUGCUGUUGUAGCCUCUGCCCUGGGCAUUCCUUCAUUAUUGCCUUUCUUAAAAGCUGUGUGCAAAAGCAAGAAGUCCUGGCAAGCAAGACACACUGGUAUAAAAAUUGUACAGCAAAUAGCUAUUCUCAUGGGCUGUGCCAUCUUGCCACAUCUCCGAAGUUUAGUUGAAAUCAUUGAACAUGGUCUUGUGGAUGAGCAGCAGAAAGUUCGGACCAUUAGUGCUUUGGCCAUUGCUGCCUUGGCUGAAGCAGCAACUCCUUAUGGUAUCGAAUCUUUUGAUUCUGUGUUAAAGCCUCUAUGGAAGGGUAUCCGCCAACACAGAGGAAAGGGUCUGGCCGCUUUCUUAAAGGCUAUUGGGUAUCUUAUUCCUCUCAUGGAUGCAGAAUAUGCCAACUACUAUACUAGAGAAGUGAUGUUAAUUCUUAUUCGAGAAUUCCAAUCUCCUGAUGAAGAAAUGAAGAAAAUUGUGCUGAAGGUGGUAAAGCAGUGUUGUGGAACAGAUGGUGUGGAAGCAAACUACAUUAAAACAGAGAUCCUUCCUCCUUUUUUUAAACACUUCUGGCAACACAGAAUGGCUUUGGAUAGAAGAAAUUACCGGCAGUUAGUUGAUACUACUGUGGAGUUGGCAAACAAAGUAGGUGCAGCAGAAAUUAUAUCCAGGAUUGUGGAUGAUCUGAAAGAUGAAGCUGAACAGUAUAGAAAAAUGGUGAUGGAGACAAUUGAGAAAAUUAUGGGCAACUUGGGAGCAGCAGAUAUUGAUCAUAAACUUGAAGAACAACUGAUUGAUGGUAUUCUUUAUGCUUUCCAAGAACAGACUACAGAGGACUCAGUAAUGUUGAACGGCUUUGGCACAGUGGUCAAUGCUCUUGGCAAACGAGUCAAACCGUACUUGCCUCAGAUCUGCGGUACAGUUUUGUGGCGUUUAAAUAACAAAUCAGCAAAAGUUAGGCAACAGGCAGCUGACUUGAUCUCUCGAACGGCUGUUGUUAUGAAGACUUGUCAAGAGGAAAAAUUGAUGGGGCACUUGGGUGUUGUUUUGUAUGAGUAUUUGGGCGAAGAGUACCCUGAAGUAUUGGGCAGCAUUCUUGGAGCACUGAAGGCCAUUGUAAAUGUAAUAGGUAUGCAUAAGAUGACUCCACCAAUUAAGGAUCUGCUGCCUAGACUCACCCCCAUCUUAAAGAAUAGGCAUGAAAAAGUACAAGAGAAUUGUAUUGAUCUUGUUGGACGUAUUGCUGAUAGGGGAGCUGAAUAUGUGUCUGCAAGAGAAUGGAUGAGGAUUUGCUUUGAGCUUUUAGAGCUCUUAAAAGCUCACAAAAAAGCUAUUCGUAGAGCCACAGUCAACACAUUUGGUUAUAUUGCAAAGGCCAUUGGCCCUCAUGAUGUAUUGGCUACACUUUUAAACAACCUCAAAGUUCAGGAAAGGCAGAACAGAGUUUGUACCACUGUAGCAAUAGCUAUUGUCGCUGAAACAUGUUCACCCUUCACAGUACUACCUGCCUUAAUGAAUGAAUACAGAGUUCCUGAACUGAAUGUUCAAAAUGGAGUGUUAAAAUCACUUUCCUUCUUGUUUGAAUAUAUUGGUGAAAUGGGAAAGGACUACAUUUAUGCUGUAACACCACUGCUUGAAGAUGCUUUAAUGGAUAGGGACCUUGUACACAGACAGACGGCUAGUGCAGUGGUGCAGCACAUGUCACUUGGGGUUUAUGGAUUUGGUUGUGAAGAUUCACUGAAUCACUUGUUGAACUAUGUAUGGCCCAAUGUGUUUGAGACAUCUCCCCAUGUAAUUCAGGCAGUUAUGGGGGCCCUGGAGGGUCUGAGAGUUGCUAUUGGACCAUGUAGAAUGCUGCAGUAUUGUUUACAGGGUUUGUUUCACCCAGCCCGGAAAGUCAGAGAUGUGUAUUGGAAAAUUUACAACUCCAUCUACAUUGGUUCACAGGAUGCUCUCAUAGCACAUUACCCAAGAAUCUACAAUGAUGAUAAGAACACCUAUAUUCGUUAUGAACUUGACUAUAUCUUGUAACUUUAUUUGUGUUUAAUGCACAGCUGUUUCACACCUUAAACUUGCUUCGAUUUGGUGAUGUAAACUUUUAAACAUUGCAGAUCAGCAUAGAACUGGUCAUAGAGGAAGAGCUAGAAAUACAGUAGCAUGAAUUUUAAAUAACCUGUCUUUGUUUUUGAUGUUAAACAGUAAAUGCCAGUAGUGACCAAGAACACAGUGAUUGCACACACUAUUCUGGAGGGCUUUCAUUUUUAAUUCAUCUUUAUGAAGAUUUAGAAUUCAUUCCUUGUGUUUAAAGGGAAUGUUUAAUUGAGAAAUAAACAUUUGUGUACAAAAUG